UUGGUGGCGCUACAUACCAAAAUAUGAAUGAAUACUACACAAUUAAACGUAGAAGAAGACGUUUCCCCUCACGACUUUGACGUUUAGCAGUAGCGGCUCUCUUGACCUUCCCUUCACAGCGUGACAAACAAAAAGAUGGCUGGGCGCAUGUUUGCAAGCUGGUGGAGCAAGAUGAACCCAUACUACACAAAGGCAUACCAGGAGAUGUGGGUUGGCCUUGGCAUCAUGACCGUCGUGUACUAUAAACUUUCCUUUGGGGGCAAGAAGGCAGUGAAGGACAAGCCAGCCCAUUGAGUAUUCCUCCAUGCUGACCGCCUUUCCACCUGCUGUGAAAUAAUGCCAUCGUCUCAGUCCGCAAGACCAGCUUCAUAAUAUAAUUUUUGUUAAUAUGGAACGAAUAAAGUUGCUAUCCAACA